AUGGCCCCUGACGCGCUCCAGCUACCCAAUCCCCAGGGCGAGAAAAGCUCUGGCUCACCACAAACAGUGCUUCCACGACGCGCCGUCAGCCCUGGUCCAACACGAACAGGCAUCGUCGUCUUCUCUGGCGGGAGCGCUGCUAACAGCCUCGUCGACGUCUUUGAGAGCGUCCGCGCGGCAAACAGCACCUCGCUGAGCUACGUCAUCCCCAUCUCCGACAAUGGCGGCAGCACAAGCGAGAUCAUCCGCGUCUUUGGCGGUCCCGGCAUCGGCGACGUCCGGUCGCGUCUCGUCCGGCUGAUUCCCGACGACGGGAGCCCCGAGACCACCGCCAUCAAGCACCUCUUCAACCACCGUCUGCCGCGGGACGCCGCGGCCGCGCGCAGCGAGUGGUUCGACAUGAUCGAGGCGGCGCACCCGCUGUGGCGCGACAUCCCCUCGCCCAAGCGCGAGCUCAUCCGCUCGCACCUCAACAGCUUCAACCUCGAGGUCGUCAAGCGCAUGCGGCCCAGCAGCCGCUUCGACUUCUCCCGCGCCAGCAUCGGCAACCUCUUCCUCACCGGCGCCCGCCUCUUCACCGGCAGCUUCGAGGCCGCCAUCUACCUCCUCGGCUCGCUCUGCGCCGUCCCCGGCGACCGCGUCGCCGUCCUGCCCGCGCUCAACACCAACUUCGCGCACCACAUCGCCGCCGGGCUGGUCGGCGGCGACGUCAUCACGGGUCAGAACGACAUCUCCCACCCGAGCCUGCCCACGGCCGCGGUGCCGGGCGUGGGCACGGGGUCGCACACGCCCGCGCCGUCCGACUACGACACCGAGGACCACGACACGGUUGAGGACGCGAACCUGCCGGGGAGCCUGCCGGCGCUGCGGCGGCCGGCCAUCAACUUCUCAAAGGAAAAGGACGAGGACCUGCCUUCGCGGAUAGCGCGUAUAUGGUACAUCAACCCGUACGGCCAGGAGAUCCGCAUCCCCGCGAACCCGCGCGUGCUAGACGCGAUCAACACGUCCAACACGGUCAUCUACAGCAUCGGCUCCCUCUUCACGUCGCUGAUCCCCAAUCUGGUACUAAAAGGCAUCGGCGAGGCCAUAAUGAACCCCCUCGUCCGGAACAAGAUCUUGAUCCUCAACGGCACGCUCGACAGGGAGACCGGCCCAUCCACGGAGCCGUUCACGGGGCUCGACUUCGUCCGAGCCAUCGCCAACGCCUGCGCGGACUCCCGCGGCCUGCCGCCCCCGGGGGAGGAGCAGUACGCCCAGUACGUGAGCCACGUCAUCUACCUCGAGAGCUCCGUGUCGCCGGUGGUGGACAAGCAGCGGCUCUCGCGGCUGGGCAUCGAGUCUACGAGGCUGUACGGGCCCAAGGACGCGGCGGGGCUGGGCGGGCGGUAUGACGCAAAGGCACUGGCGCAGGCUCUGGAGACGAUUGUCGGGCGCAAGAGUGUACGGCUGGAUAGAAGUAGAAGAAAUACACUGGUCGGCUGA